CAUCUUGCCAUCUCUUAGUUUUCGCAAACAUGGUUCCUUCUUACCAGAUCUAAAAACCGUAAACCUCGGAGAGAACAUAAACACAACAGUCGUGUUUCUCUUCUCCACACUGCUGCUCUCUCUCUCUGCAUCCUCAUUGACAAACAAGUAAAGAAAAUAAAGAGGCGGAGAGAGUCCAAACUGUAUAGAGAGAAACACAACAUUUUGAAUUUUUGUUUUUUUGAUAAAUACCAUUUUGAAUGUUAUUAACGUGUAGGUGAAUAUAGGGAGAGAUGGGGGUGCAAGAAAAUGGGAAUGGGAUUGUGGGGGGAAAGAACAAGUACAAGAGGAUGGAUUCUGAUGCGUUAGAAGAAGAUAUUGUGUUGUCAAAUAAUCUUCAAGAUCAAGAGGGUGUUUUUGUUGAGAAAAGGGAUACAAGGAUUUAUCUUCUUGCCUGUGCUAUCUUUGCCUCUCUCAAUUCUGUACUUUUGGGAUAUGAUGUGGGUGUUAUGAGCGGAGCAAUUUUAUUCAUCAAAGAAGAUCUUAAGAUAUCUGAGGUACAAGAAGAAGUUCUUGUUGGAAUUUUAAGCAUAAUUUCGCUUUUGGGUAGUUUAGCUGGAGGAAAAAUGUCAGAUGCCAUCGGUCGCAAGUGGACGAUAGCCUUUGCAACAUUUGUUUUCCAGUCAGGAGCUGCUAUAAUGGCUCUUGCUCCUUCGUUUACAAUUCUGAUGACAGGAAGACUCUUGGCUGGCGUGGGGAUAGGCUUUGGGAUCAUGAUAGCGCCAGUGUACAUUGCAGAGAUAUCACCCACUGCUGUUAGGGGAUCCCUCACCUCCUUUCCUGAAAUUUUUAUAAAUCUAGGAAUCCUUCUUGGAUACAUUUCCAACUAUGCUUUUUCAGGACUGCCAGUACAUAUAAACUGGAGGGUUAUGCUUGGCAUAGGAAUUCUUCCCUCAAUCUUUAUGGGAGUUGCUCUGUUUGUGAUCCCUGAAUCCCCAAGGUGGUUGGUGGGGCAGAACAGAAUCGAAGAAGCAAGAGCUGUGCUGUCAAAAACGAAUGAUAGUGAAAAAGAAGCGGAGGAAAGAUUGGCUGAGAUACAACUGGCUGCUGACCUUGCUAAUUCUGAGAAGCAUGAAGCAAAAGCAGUGUGGCAAGAAUUAUUAAAACCUUCACCUGCAGUUCGAAAGAUGCUGAUUACUGGUUGUGGAAUACAGUGUUUCCAACAAAUUACAGGUAUUGAUGCAACAGUCUACUAUAGCCCCACGAUUUUUAAGGAUGCUGGGAUCAAGAGCGAGACUCAUCUACUUGCUGCAACUGUUGCUGUUGGCUUUACCAAAACUAUUUUUAUCUUAAUAGCUAUAUUUCUCAUUGACAAAGUGGGUAGAAAACCUUUGCUUUACAUAAGCACCAUUGGAAUGACUGUCAGCUUGCUUUCUCUGAGCCUUACUCUAUCUUUCAUGAGUGAUGAGAAAUUUGGGAUUGAAUUGGCAAUUUUAUCAGUCUGUGCGAAUGUAGCAUUCUUCUCUGUAGGUAUUGGGCCUAUUUGUUGGGUUUUGUCAUCUGAAAUCUUCCCUCAAAGGCUUCGAGCUCAAGCAUCAGCUCUCGGGGCAGUGGGCAGUAGGGUCAGUAGUGGUGCCGUUUCUAUGUCCUUCCUCUCAGUGUCUGCUGCAAUCACAGUUGGAGGAACCUUCUUUGUAUUUUCAUUGAUUUCAGCUCUUUCUGUUGCUUUUGUCCAUAUAUGUGUCCCGGAAACAAAAGGCAAGUCUUUGGAGCAAAUUGAAAUGAUGUUUCAAAAUGAAGGAGAGCUGCAAAGAGGUGAAGUGGAAUUGGGAGAUGUAGAAGUACAGAGACUGGUGCAGAAAGAAUAAAGUGGUAGCAUUCUUGUUUCACCCACGAGCUUCAUAAAGAGGCUUGUAAUACUAAAAACUAGUUUAGGCUAAAAGCAUUAUUUGCACAUCCUGUGAAUUCAAUAAAGCUGAUCGCAAAAUUCUUUUUCAA